CUAUUGCAGCGUCUCCGGCGUGCACAUCUCGCUGCGUAUUGCCAACGAACAGUAAAGCUUGCGAGAGUGAACUGGGAGGACAGAAAGAGGGAAAGGAGGGAGAGAGAGAGAAAGGGGAGGGAGAGAGAGAGAGAGCGGAGGGAGGGAACAUAUUUUUGCUUCAAACGAGACGAACUGGCAGCUGAAUAACGCAUCGAGCAAUAGCUUCGAAUCCGUGGAUUUUCAACCCCAUUUACAACCGCUCGUUCGGAUUCAGCCUUAUCCGAGCGAGAAUGGAGCUACCUGCCGCAGGAGAACACGUAUUUGCGGUGGAGAGCAUUGAAAAGAAACGCAUUCGAAAGGGUAGGAUAGAAUACCUGGUGAAGUGGACAGGAUGGUCUCCCAAAUACAACACGUGGGAACCAGAAGAAAACAUCCUUGACCCGCGACUGCUGAUUGCUUUCCAAAACAGGGAGAGACAGGAGCAGCUGAUGGGGUAUCGCAAACGGGGGCCCAAGCCCAAACAGCCGUUGGUCCAGGUUCCCUCUUUUGCGCGGAGAUCCAGUGCCCUCUCUGGCUUUCCGGAGGCUCCCCCAGAUGAGGACGGCCCGCCCAGACUGGACCCGGUGGUGGUGCACCGAUGCCAGCCGCAGCACUACCAGCUCAACAGCAAGAAGCACCACCAGUACCAGCCCAGGGGCGGAGAGAGCCCGGCCGACCUGCUGGCCGGCGGCAAGAAGAGGUACUUCUACCAGCUCAACAGCAAGAAGCACCACCAGUACCAGCCCGACCCCAAGAUGUACGACGUGCAGUAUCACCGAGCCAGGGAGGUCAGAGGUCACGAGCCUGCCCGUCACGGCCCGGCUCCGCCCCCCGCGGAGACGGGCAGCCCGGGCAAAGCGAGGGACGUCCCCUCCGCCCUGGGGUCCGAGAAGCAGCUGCCCCGCCCCGAGGGGGCGGAGCCAGCGCUCAGCUCCGGCACAGCGGCCCCGCAGACGGCGGCCCUUCCCAGCAGCCUCAGCGGCAAGAUGAAGAUCAUCAAGAACAAGAACAAGAACGGACGCAUCGUCAUCGUCAUGAGCAAGUACAUGGAGGGCGGAGCCCCGGCCGCCAAGGCCAAGAAGGCGGAGCCGGCGGGGGCGGGGCUGCGGAACUCUCCGGAAAGGACUACAGAAGCCCACGCCCAGAAGCCCUGUGCCAGGGAAGGGGACGGCGAGGGGGUGUCGGGAGCCCCCGAAUCGGGGCAGCCCCGCGGGCAGCCCCCCAUGGAGCUGGGGAGGUCCCCGAAGGAGGAGCCCAGCGUUCCGGAGCAGAACAAGACGGAGGAGGCCAUGAGCCUGGCCCAGCCGCCGCAGGACCGCCCCCUCCCGCUCACCACCCGGCCCGACCUGGCCCCCUGGCGCUUCGACGGCCUCGCCCUGUCCCGGCUGGACCAGAGGACGCCGCACCCCGCCUUCGGCCCCGCCCACGGCCACGCCCACUCCCGCAAGCGCGGCUCGCCAGAUGAGGGGGAGGAGGAGGAGGAAGGGGGCUGGGCGGGGCGCAAAAGGUUCCCCACCCCCAGGGGUUUCAUAUCCCCCUGCCCCAUGCGCUCACUGCCCCAGGACAAACCCAUGGACCUCCAGUUGCUCAGCAACGGCAGCCACCUCGGCAACAGCCUGGGUCUGGACUCCGACCCCGACGAGCCUAUUGACCUGAGCUGUACGAAGCCUAAGGCCAAUGCGACCGCGACCGCCACCACACCCGCAACCACGACCGUGACUCCGCCCACAACAGCGACCGCGGUCCCAGAGAGCCCGGGCCCACGGGGCGAGGGGUCGGGGUCAGGGUCGGGGGGAGGGGCUCCAGCACAGAGAGAGGAACCACUUUGCACUUUCAGCCCCUUCCUGGGGAACAUCAUCAUCACCGACGUCACCACGAACUGCCUCACCGUCACCUUCAAGGAAUACGUCUCCGUUUGACGGAGAUUCGCGGACGCCAUGGGGGGAUUUGUACAUGGAACGACUACCUUAAAAGCUGUAUAUAACAUGAAGAAACUGUAGAAUUUAUCAUGAAGAGCAAUGUAAUUGUUCCUGAUGUUUUUUUUUUGUUUUUUUUCUGUACGGCAACUGUACCUAAGCAACAAGCACCACCGUGGAUUUUCCAUUCAGUGGAUUAACUUUGCCCCGCUUAAAAUUCCUGCUCUGUGUGACGGAACAGAUUGGCUGGGAGGACAUACCAGAACCCUAAUGCCUAGAGAGAGUGGGGGGAAAACGUGACCUUUGGAGAUUUUUUUGUACCCUUCAAACAAACUAUAUUUCAAGGUACUUCUGAUCGCUCAGCAUGACGGAACGGAGGAGAUGUGGGGGGUUACUACUUCAAGACCCCGAUGAGCCGAAAAAGCUCUGCUACCCUACGAUGUGGACGUGCCCCAUUUCCUGAUUUGUGGAGAAUUUUCUAUGGCGGUCGUUUACACUUUCUUGCUUUAUAAACGAUGUGAAAUCAAAGAAGAGCUGUUGUAGAUGUUAUUGUGUCACCUCACUGUUCCUGUGGAGGGGGGGGGAGGGGGUGGAAGGAGGGGGAGGGGGGGGGGAUCAAUAAUUAGGGGAGGAGGAUAAGCAGCUAGAUGCAGGUGUAUUAGGUUGAGCCAUGCCUAGUGUAAUGUACGCGUAGCUCUUAGACCAUGUGACACAAACGCAUUGCAUACCGUCAGCGUCCUAGAAUCUCCAAAAAAUAAUAAUAAUAAAUAAUAAUAAUAAUCUCCAAAAAGACAAACCUUUGGGAAAAGAGAGAUGGCUGAUUACUACAUUACAUUUGAUGAAUUUUAAUGACAUUAGGUUUUGAAUAAACCAAGUCACAGAACCAUGGCAGUGCCAAGCAUAAUCAAAACAGUCUAUUUAUGCAUCAGACCCAAAAAUAACAGGUAACAGUGGAGGUUUUUGGAUGCUGACGAUAUACUGUAGAGCCAAUAUGAAGGGAACCACAGUGUAAAUUGCACUAUUUUUUUAUUUUCUGGUGGGUAGGUGGACUGUGGUGAACUAUAAAAUACGAUGUAGAUCAUUACAAUUCUCCAUUUAUUGACAAAAGUAGAUUCAUGGUAGAUUGUAUGUGUUGGCCAGACCCCAAAAGUGCACACUGAACUGGCAUUUCCCUCCCUGGAUAGCCUCUUUCUCAUGAGGGAAUUUUGUAAUUUUUAAAAAUUCUUUAUAAAGACCUGGGUUGUUUUUACCAUCCUUGGGGUUGAAGACUACCAGUGUCAUUCAAAAGAUAUGUAUGGAUGAACAUCUACCCCAAUGCAAUCAAGUGAGGACGUCCCAUCAUAAAAAAGUGUGCGUGUGCUUGUGUGCAUGUGUGUGUACACGUGGCCUGGUUUCAGAAAGGCCCCUUCAUUGCAUGGCAGAGCAAUCCUUUGUUAAACCUACUGCAAGGACUAUCACUGCAAGGGAGGUUCUGUGCCUGGCCCUCCUGGUUUCACUGAGUUUCAUUCUGCUGAAGUUAGUUCACAACUGAGAAUUCAGUCCGUUGGUGCCGGGAAGAAAUUUCUAGUCAUGAAGCAAGCCUGUUUAGAAAAUGCACUGCAACAGGGUUGCAUCUGUUUGUUACUGCUGUAUAAUUCAGAAGAUUUUCUAAGUCUCUUCCCGUUUCAUUUCAAGCUUUCCUUUUUAUUUUUUUUGCACUUUGUUCUUCAAAGAUUGAGGGAGGAUGGCAUUCUUUGAAGUAUGUUUUCCAACAAAGAAUAAAUUAUGACAAUAAUAA